AAAAAAUAUCAGUUUAAAAAUGAUGGAUACAAGUGAACCAGUUCAAAACGUUGAGGCAACGAAGACAGGUCGCCGUCGUCCUGGACCAAAACGCGCUCGCCGACUUUAUGUUAAGGCAAUCUUUACUGGCUACAAACGAGGUCAACGCAAUCAAUAUGAAAACACCUCGCUUCUAAAAUUGGAUGGAGUGAAUGAUAAGGAGGGGGCAAAUUUCUAUCUUGGAAAGCGUGCCGUUUACGUCUACAAAGGCCACAAGAAAAUUGCUCGUGGUGGUGGACCAAAGACGCGAAUUCGUGCAAUUUGGGGACGUGUUACUCGUACACAUGGAAAUUCUGGAAUGGUCCGUGCAAAGUUUCGACACAAUUUGCCACCAAAAGCUAUGGGUAAACGAAUCCGUGUAAUGUUGUAUCCGAGUAAUAUUUAA